UUCUCGAUGAUGGCCGAGAAUAAUCCACUGCCAAUGAGAGUCUAAUUUCUGCCAAUUUUGUACAUCGCGAAAUUGUAGGCGAAAAAAAGAAAUCAUAAAUGAGAAAAUCGAUGACGCAAUUUCAGCAGGAUAUCGGCACGUGUUUUUCCGUGCUUGCUUAGUUACGAUUGCCAUCUUAUGAGAAUAGGCGCGCGUUAAAGGGGGAAAAAAAAAAAGGAGGAAGAAGGUGUGGAUAGAAAGACAGAGAGAGGUAGACAAAUCCGCGCCGAAGUCGGUGAUAUGUGUCGUGCUGGCUCCCGGAGCCUCGAUGACCUUGACCCCGCGAGCAUGAAGCACCCAUCGAGGUCAGCGAGUCUCGAGGUUGCUAUGGCGCUUUUCGGCAUGGUUUGGCUGCUGCGCGUUCGCUCCAAGAUGCUUCGUUGCUCGAAGUGUCAGCACGAGGAAAUGCUCGCACAGCAGCAACAACAGCAACAGGCGCAGCUGCAGCAGCAGCAGCAGCAGCAGCAGCAGCAGCAGCAGCCGCACCACCAUCAUCAUCAUCAUCAGCAUCACCAGCACCAGCAUACGCUGUCGCAGGCCACGAGCCUGCUGCAGACGAUGUCCGACGACGGCGUCAGCUCGUCCGCUAACACUUUGUUUACGCUGGACACUCCUGGAGCGGCUGGUCCGGCAGGAAGUUACUGCGAAGUGCACGGAUACGUACAGGCGAAAGAAGAUAUCCAGGAGUUUUACGAGCUGACGCUGCUCGACGAGUCGAAAUCGGUGCAGCAGAAGACGGCAGAGACGAUCCGCAUCGCGGACAAAUGGGAAGCCAGCGACGGGCCAAUCACGCCGACCUUCGCCCAGAACGACGGUGGUCCAGCCUCCGCCUUGCCGUUGACCCAGACUCUGUCGAACAUUUACGGCCGCAGAUCGGCCAGUCCCGAUGUACCAGGCCCCGAUGUAGACGAGACUCAGAAAACGAGAUAUGAUAGCGCAGGAGUGGAGGAACAAUUGCCACCGCCGCCGUCGCCACCCCAGCUUAAAGAGGCAGCUCAGCUGGAUGGAGUUCCCAGACCGAAUUCAGUCGACCGCAUCCUUCAUUCUGACGGCAUUCAGAACAUCAGUCACGAGACGCUCAACAAGAGUCACGAUAGCUGGCAAGGACAUGAUAGUGACCAGGCACACACUCCUCUUCUCGCGGCCGACACGAGACACGUGAACGGCGACGAUGACUGGGAGUACGAGGAGAUCGUUUUGGAGCGGGGCGGGGCGGGUCUAGGUUUCAGCAUCGCCGGCGGCACGGACAAUCCGCAUUAUGGCAACGACACCGCCAUUUACAUCACCAAGCUUAUACCGGGCGGCGCCGCUUCUGCGGACGGCCGCCUGCGUGUCAAUGACACGAUACUGCAGGUGAACGACGUGUCCGUCGUCGACGUACCGCAUGCGGCCGCCGUGGACGCGCUCAAGCGGGCCGGCAACACCGUCAAGCUGUAUGUACGCCGACGGAGGCACACGCAGCUGAUGGAGAUCGAGCUGAUCAAAGGUAACAAGGGUCUCGGCUUCAGCAUUGCCGGCGGUAUUGGCAAUCAACAUAUACCGGGCGACAAUGGUAUCUACGUGACCAAAAUCAUGGACGGCGGGGCCGCGCAGGUGGACGGUCGCCUCGUCGUCGGUGACAAAUUGGUGGCCGUCAGGAACGCUGUGCAAGGCGAUAAGAAUCUGGAGAACGUGACACACGAGGAGGCAGUGGCAACCCUGAAGGCGACCCAAGAUCGCGUCGUACUUCUCGUUGCCAAGCCGGAAAGUGGAAUUAUACCCCCGCCCCCUCCAGCAAUAGCGACGGACAAUUCUCUCUCGCCUCAGCCACGUAAGCAGAACGGUUCCGUGUCGGCGCUGGAGAACAACACCGCGACGCUGUCAUAUUCACAGGAAUCACGCCAUGCGUCUUCCCUCGCUCUGCACGGCACCGGUACACCGCGGGCCGUUUCCCAGGAGGACGUCUCUCGGGAGGUACGCACUGUCGUAUUGAACAAAGGAUCCUCUGGGCUGGGCUUCAACAUUGUCGGCGGUGAGGAUGGCGAAGGUAUCUUCAUCUCGUUCAUUCUAGCCGGAGGCCCGGCCGAUCUCAGCGGUGAAUUACGCAGGGGCGAUCAGAUACUGAGCGUUAAUGGUGUCAAUCUUCGAACAGCCACUCAUGAAGAGGCUGCCGCAGCCCUCAAGGGUACCGGCCAGACAGUGACAAUCGUCGUGCAAUAUAAGCCAGAGGAUUAUAACAGAUUCGAGGCAAGGAUCCAAGAUCUUAAACAACAGAUCUCGCAACAGAAUGUGAUGACAGGCACCCUCAUGAGGACCUCCCAAAAGAAAUCACUCUACGUGAGAGCGUUGUUCGAUUACGACCCCAAUAAGGACGAUGGUCUACCGAGCCGCGGCUUGGCGUUCCGUUAUGGUGAGAUCCUGCACGUGACGAAUGCCAGCGACGACGAAUGGUGGCAGGCGAGGAGAGUCACUCCUCAGGGCGAGGAGGAGGGUCUGGGCAUAAUACCCUCGCGCAGGAGAUGGGAGCGCAAGCAGCGUGCCAGAGACCGUUCUGUCAAAUUCCAGGGACACAUGCCGGUCAUUCUCGAUAAGCAAUCAACCUUAGACCGGAAGAAGAAGAACUUCUCGUUCAGCAGGAAGUUCCCGUUCAUGAAGAGCAAGGACGACAAGUCCGAGGAUGGCUCCGAUCAGGAACGAACGCCCACCACACCCGAGAAUGAGAACGAUCCCACCCCAUUCAUGCUGUGCUACACCCAGGACGACACUAACACUGAAGAUGUGUCUUGCGCCAAAGGGAGUAGAGAAAUUUUGUAUCGCGUUCAGCUGCCGUAUAUGGAGGAACUCACGUUAGUUUAUCUGGAAAAGGAGGGCGAUGAGCCCGAUGACGACCUUAGCAGCGAAGAGAACGUCCUCUCGUACGAGGCCGUGCAGCAACUGACGAUACAGUACACGCGUCCCGUGAUCGUUCUCGGACCGCUCAAGGAUCGCAUCAACGAUGAUCUCAUCUCCGAGUUCCCUGAUAAAUUCGGCAGCUGCGUUCCACAUACAACAAGGAGUAGAAGGGAAUACGAGGUGGACGGACGGGAUUAUCACUUCGUGGCGUCGAGGGAACAAAUGGAGAGAGACAUACAGAAUCACUUGUUCAUAGAGGCCGGACAAUAUAACGACAAUCUUUAUGGAACAUCCGUGGCGUCCGUGCGGGAAGUAGCUGAGAAGGGCAAGCACUGUAUUCUUGAUGUGAGCGGGAAUGCUAUCAAGAGGUUACAAGUAGCACAACUUUAUCCUAUCGCCAUCUUUAUCAAACCAAAAUCGGUCGAAUCUGUCAUGGAGAUGAAUAAGAGGAUGACCGAGGAGCAAGCAAAGAAGACGUACGAGCGUGCCCUAAAGAUGGAACAAGAAUUUGGUGAAUACUUUACUGCCGUUGUCCAAGGGGACACUCCCGAGGAGAUCUAUGUCAAAGUGAAGGAGGUCAUCUCCGAGCAAUCUGGACCGAACAUCUGGGUUCCGUGCAGGGACCAGCAACUGUGACGUCCUGCCCCCCACGCUCAGCACGGGCCCAACGCCUGGACCCUGCCGCCGAGGCGUAAAGCUUAAUUAUUCAUAAGUACGAUUAAGCAAUGCUCUAACGCCCCUUCCCCAUCCCUCCCUCUCUCCUUCCCGCAUCCCCAUCAAUUACCCGUGUAGCACAAGGUCCGUACUUGAGGUACGCAGCGCGGCGUAAAUCGCCGCGAGGGAUUUCAAGCUGAGAGAAUACUUAAGCAGCGGAACCACACCGAUAGGGCCGACCACUGUUUUUCCGCGAGAAACCGAUAAAUCUAAGUCGAUCGGAGCGUGUGAUUUUAUUCACCCCUAUGUAUAUACGAAAUCCACUGUAGAAAGAUCGUCGAGAGAAAACGAUCGGAGGAGGGGGAAAGGACUUGAGCACUUCACGCGUGCUCCGUCACGUUGAAUUUUAUCGCGGAGAAAAAUUCGUGAACUUUUAUCGUAUGAUCGUCGAUUAUUCGUGUGUGAUGGUCCCUAAUUUUAUUAAUUAUGUUUAUCGCCCGAGCGAUGUUACAACGGCAUCGCGUAUGCAGACGGGACGCGACGGGAUGAACGUCCGAUACGCGUUCCCGUAGAAAGCUUCGGCGCGUAGACUUGUACCGCUCCUUUAUAUCUUAACGUGUUUCUUGACACCGAAUCAGCGGCCGUCGCUGAUCAAACGUGAGAUUUAGCUUGCACGAUUUUUUAGCGGAACCGACGCGGAACUGGCUGAUGAACAGAAGAAGAGAAGUAAAAAAAAAAAAACCGCUGCUCGAUCAUGUACUUACGAUAUCGUGGGAAAAUCGUGAUAGGCGUAAACGGACGAAGCUGCGAUUCGCAAGAAAAAGAAAGUACAGAUGCGCUCAAUUAAGUUUUCGAUUACUGGCAAAUAAUAAGAUUUUUCAUUCGGGAAUUCGCGUUCCAAGAGCGGAUUCUCGAUAUCUCUCUCGCUUUUGGCAUUCCUCCGUUCGCCGGGCUGCGAAGCAGCUCGCAAUCGCGUGCACAUCGCGUCGACACUUCGUCCGCUUGCCUCUUCCGUUUCCUAUAUAGCAUUAUAGUAUAAAUAGCAUUAAUCGCGCGAGAAGGGUUAUGACGCGAGCGGGAAAUCGAAUUCUUGCGAACGCGAGGUGUCAUUACGGCAAUUUAAUUGUAAUAUAGCUGCAUUGUCGUGACACGGAUAUUGCGAGUCGCGGAGAUAAUGACGAUAAUGAUAAUGACAAUGAUUGACGUAGCUAUCGCGCGUUGCGGGUCGCGAAGACCUCCCGACACGCGACGAACGCUUCUGUCCAACCCCCCCCCCCCCCUCCCCCCUUGGGAUAGAGCUGAACGUUUCUUUUCCCUUAAUUUCGUAGUAACGUUUUAACUCGCGGGGGACCGGAUAAUCUCGCGCGGAUAUGCUUUCGAGCUAUUACCUACCGCGAGCCCUAGAUUAUUAUUAUUAAGCGUGUAUCAUAUGAAAUGAACGAGGUACGAAGCGACGAGCUUCGGCUUGUGCCUGAGGGAUAAGAGGGCCUGGCUUCGCCGAGUUGAAAGAUGUCUGUCUCGAUGUAAAAGACCGUAUAUAAAGAGAAUAAUUAAACCGCAGACACCUAUUAUACACCUCUAUAGUCUAUUUAAUAAUAUUACUUAUUGAAUUGUCAAUCUCAUGUUCACCUUGUUUCAUCGUUUUUAAAUAGUUAAUAAACGUUUUACCAAUUUUA